AUGGCUACGCCACAUGAGACUACUCUGCCCGCCUCGAGCGGGAAGCGCCCAUUGGACGACCACACGUUCCCUGGCCAGACUCCGGCCCUGUCCCGUCUUGCGUCUCUGGGCAGCCACAACCAUGUCGACGAUGGCGGCAUUGACAAUGGCAGUCUCCUCCGCACACGCGACAGCAAUGCCACUGCUGUCCCGGGCCUCAUCACCGACGACACGUACUUUUAUGGCGACUCCCCGCCCGUCUAUCCGUCGCCCGACAUGACGGGUGUUGGCACCUGGGCCGUGGCGUACAACAAGGCCGUGGCGCUCGUCUCGCAAAUGACGCUCGCAGAAAAGGUGAACCUGACCGCCGGCGUCUCGUCCGGGACGGGCUGCUCAGGCACCAUCCCCGGCGUGCCCCGUCUCAACUUUACCGGCAUGUGCCUGAGCGACGCCGGCAACGGCCUGCGCAGCACCGACUUUGUCAGCGCCUGGCCCAGCGGCAUCCACGUCGGCGCCAGCUGGAACCGCACUCUGGCUCGGCAGCGCGCCAUCGGCAUGGCCGGCGAGUUCAAGAAGAAGGGCGUCAACGUGAUGCUGGGCCCCGUCGUCGGCCCCGCCGGCCGCACCGUGCGCGGCGGCCGGUACUGGGAGGGCCUCUCGGUCGACCCCUACCUGGCGGGUGCGCUGGUGUACGAGACGGUGACGGGCACGCAGCAGACGGGCGUGAUUACGAGCACCAAGCACUACAUUGCCAACGAGCAGGAGACCAACCGCCUGCAGUCGGUGCAGUCGGGCGACGUGCAGUCGGUCUCGUCCAACAUUGACGACCGCACCAUGCACGAGCUGUACCUGUGGCCGUUCCAGGACGCCGUGCUGGCGGGCUCCGGCAACAUUAUGUGCUCGUACAACCGCGUCAACAACUCGUACGGCUGCGCCAACAGCAAGACGCUCAACGGCCUGCUCAAGACGGAGCUCGGCUUCCAGGGCUUUGUCGUGACGGACUGGGGCGCGCAGCACGCGGGCGUCGCGUCCGCCCUCGCUGGCCUCGACGUCACCAUGCCCAACAGCGUCCUCUGGGGCGACAACCUCGUCAACGCCGUCAAGAACGGCUCGGUGCCCGAGUCGCGCGUCACCGACAUGGCCACGCGCAUCGUCGCCGCCUGGUACCAGAUGGGCCAGGACACCGGCAUUCCCGCGCCCGGCAUCGGCAUGCCGGUUGACCUGACCCGCCCGCACCCCAUUGUCGACGGCCGCGACCCGGCCGCGAAGCAGACGCUCUUGGACGGCGCCGUCGAGGGCCACGUGCUGCUCAAGAACAACAACCACGCGCUGCCUCUCCAGACGCCCAAGUUCCUGUCCGUCUUUGGCUACUCGGCCCGCGCGGCCGACCAGAACAACUACGAAGGCAGCGUGUCGGCCUGGGAGUUUGGCGCCGAGGCCGCCAACAUCACCGACAUCCUGGCGGGCUUCGUGGGCAGUCCGAACCCGCACCCGCUCGGCAUCGCACCCAACGGCACCCUCUUCUCCGGCGGUGGCUCGGGUGCGAACUCGCUGACGACCGCCAGCGCACCCUUUGACGCGUUGACGCAGCGGGCCGGGCGGGACGGCACGCAGCUGUUCUGGGACUUUACCGAGCAGAACCCGAGCGUCAACGCCGUGUCCGAGGCCUGCCUCGUGUUCGGCAACGUCUGGGCCACCGAGUCGGUCGACCGCCCGGCUCUGUCGGACGACUACACCGACCAGCUGAUUGCCAACGUGGCCAGCAAGUGUAGCAACACGAUUGUCAUCUUGCACAAUGCCGGCGUGCGCAUCGUCGACGCCUGGAUCGACCACCCCAACGUGACCACCCUCCUCUUUGCGCACCUGCCGGGCCAGGCGUCGGGCGAGGCCCUCGUGUCCCUGCUGUACGGCGACGCCAACCCGUCGGGCAAGUUGCCCUACACCGUGGCCAAGCAGGCCGCCGACUACGGCGCCGUGCUCGACCCGGACCUGCCCGCGGGCGUCUUUGGCCUCUUCCCGCAGGCCAACUUUACCGAGGGCGUCUUUGUCGACUACCGCCACUUUGACGCCCGCAACAUCACGCCGCGCUACGAGUUUGGCUUUGGCCUGUCGUACACGACCUUUGCCUUUGCCAAUUUGGCCAUCCAAAAGGCGACGCCCGUGUCGGGCGCCGAGACCAAUCUGUUUGCCGAGUACCCGACAGGCGCCGUGCGGCAAGGCGGCCAGGCCGACCUCUGGGACCAGCUGGUAACGGUGACGGCCGACGUGCAGAACACGGGCCGCGUGGCCGGCGCCGAGGUGGCGCAGCUGUACGUCACGCUCCCCGGGGCUGGGGAAGGGGCGGAUGGUGCCGCCAUCCCCGUCCGCCAGCUCCGCGGCUUCGACAAGAGGCUGCUGGCGGCCGGCGCGACGGCCCAGGUCACGUUUGCCCUGACCCGCCGCGACCUCAGCUACUGGGACGUCGUGGCACAAAAGUGGCGGCUGCCGGCCGGCACCUAUACCGUGCGCGUCGGCUCCAGCAGCCGCAACCUGCCGCUCACAGGAACGUUUGCCAUUGAGGGUGGGUUGAGCUAA